GAACACAAUAAAGUGACAGAAGAUACUAAACGAGACUAAACUGCAAUUCAUAAAAAAUGCUCAUAGGGGCGCUGUUCACCAGCAAAGUGAAAUUAAAUACUCCACUCCACCCUUCUCAUGAAACAUUCUACUCUCCGCCUUUAUGCCGAGAUCCGUAGCUGCUACAUAACGCUGUGUUUACUGUAGAAGACACUAAGCUUUAAUAUUUGGGACUUCUAAACAUUGCGAGAAUGGGGCGACAGAUAUUUACUUGUCGUACUUUAAUUCUGUUGACGUGCAUCUGCAUUUUCUUUACAAUGGUUCAUGGGGAUCUGAGCUACACGGUUCCCGAGGAGACGAAGCGUCAGUCUGUGAUUGGAAAUGUAGCAAAGGAUCUCGGACUCGACGUUAAACGGUUAUCUUCCCGAAAGGCUCGGAUAGAGACAGAAGACAGUACGAAACGAUACUGCGACAUUAAUCUAAGCAGUGGCAAUUUAGUCGUGGCGGAAAUCAUGGAUCGAGAGGAGCUUUGUGGAUCGAGAAUCGCCUGCAUUCUUAAUUACGAGCUCGUGCUGGAAAACCCUCUCGAAGUGCAUCGCGUGUCUCUGCAGAUUGAGGACAUAAAUGACAACGCUCCACGGUUCCCUAAUGAGCGGAUCAUGUUUGAAAUCAGCGAAUCUGCCGUUAAAGGAAAACGAUUUUCCUUGGACGAGGCUCAUGAUUCGGAUAUAGGACAAAACGCAGUUCAAGGAUAUACACUUCAAAGGAAUGAUCAUUUCAUUUUGUCAAUACAUGAAACCGCUGAACGAGGAAAAUACGCUGAAUUAGUGUUGGAGAAAGAGCUGGAUCGAGAGGAGCAAAAUGAAAUAAAUUUAAUACUCACAGCUAAUGACGGAGGUACUCCACAGAGAUCUGGUACUGUACUUAUCCACAUCAGUGUGCUUGAUGCUAACGACAAUACUCCAGUUUUCAGUCAGCCUGUUUACAGAGUAACUCUCUCUGAAAACGCACCUUUAGGUUCAGGUGUAGUUACAGUGAGCGCCACAGAUGCUGAUGAAGGGGCAAAUGGAGAUGUCAGUUAUGAGUUCAGUCGUAUAUCUGAUAGAGCAGCAAAGCGAUUUUCCAUUGACAAGAUAACUGGUGAGAUUAAGGUAAAUGGGAACAUUGAUUUUGAGGAGGAAACAUCUUAUGAAAUGAGAGUACAGGCCAAAGAUGGCGCUGGGUUAGCAUCCUCUGCGAAAAUUGUCAUAGAUGUGACUGAUGUUAAUGACAAUGCUCCUAAAAUUGUUCUAAAAUCUCUAAAUGACCGAGUACCUGAGAAUGCUGUUAUCGGCACUGAUGUGGGUAUAAUUAACGUUCAAGAUGAAGACUCAGGAGAUAAUCGAAAGAUACGCUGCUCCAUUCAGGAAAAUGUUCCUUUCAAAUUAAAUCCAUCUAUCAAAAACUAUUUUUCUUUAAUAACUACAGAUGCAUUAGACAGAGAAAAGGAAACAGACUAUAACAUAACCAUCACUGCAACUGAUGGAGGAUCUCCACCAUUAUCCUCCUUCUUGACUAUACAUUUAUCAGUAUCAGACAUAAAUGAUAACCCACCUGUAUUUGACGAGCAGUUCUACAGUGCAUAUGUAGCUGAGAACAACAAAGCAGGUGCUUCUAUUUGUUCUGUUACUGCGAGAGAUUCAGACUGGAGGCAGAACGGUACAGUUCUGUAUUCUCUGGUGUCCAGUGAGGUCAAUGGUAUUCCAGUGUCUUCAUUUUUAUCUGUGAAUGGAGACACAGGGGUGAUCCAUGCAGUGAGGUCAUUUGAUUAUGAACAAUUCAGAAGCUUCAAAGUCCAGGUUGUAGCCAGAGACAAUGGUUCACCGCCACUCAGCAGCAACACAACUGUGAGUGUGUUUAUAUCAGAUGAGAAUGAUAACUCUCCACAGAUAUUAUAUCCUGCUCCAGAAGGAAAGUCUUUAAUGACUGAGAUGGUCCCUAAAGCUGCUCUGUCAGGCUCUCUGGUCUCCAAGGUGAUCGCUGUGGAUGCUGACUCUGGACAGAAUGCAUGGUUGUCCUACUACAUUAUAAAGUCUACUGAUCCAGGACUCUUUACCAUUGGUCUUCGCACUGGAGAGAUCAGGGCACAGCGGGACAUCACUGAAUCUGACAACAUGAAGCAGAACCUUGUUAUUUCAGUGAAGGAUAAUGGGCAGCCUCCUCUCUCUACAACCUGUUCUGUGUAUUUACUUAUUUCUGACAACCUCGCUGAAGUUCCAGAACUUAAAGACAUGACUUAUGAGGAGAACAACUCCAAUCUAACAUCAUAUUUGAUCAUCGCACUUGUUUCAGUGUCCACCUUCUUUCUGACUUUCAUUAUUCUGAUCCUGGCUGUGAGGUUUUGUCACAGAAGAAAGCCCAGACUGUUGUUUGAUGGAGCAGUCGCCAUUCCCAGUGCAUAUCUCCCUCCCAACUAUGCAGAAGUUGAUGGAACUGGAACACUUCGUAGUUCUUAUAAUUAUGAUGCGUAUCUAACAACAGGCUCACGCACCAGUGACUUUAAGUUUGUCAGAUCCUACAAUGAUAAUACACUUCCUGCCAGUGGCACUCUCAAAAUGUGCCAGGAUGAUCCCUAUGUUUCAAGCAUUAUUAACACUGAUUACGAUGAGGUGAGAAUAUCUUCAAUAAGUUGUAAAUAAAAUUAGUUUGUAUUUAUGUGUACACACAUCGAUGUGUUUAACAGUACAAGGAAUUAUUAAGGUAAUGUUGCGAGUGCAAUGGAGCACUUCAAGAGCAGAAUACAUUGUUAAAGAUGUACAAAUUUCACAUUAAAAAGCAAAUUGUAAGACAUUUAAAAAACAAGCAU